UCCAUCAUUAUCAUACCAUCAUACCACCAAUUCUCAUAUUCGCCCACAACAACCUAAAAGCAAAUCUUGACAUUCAAUACUAGCAACUUUAAUUCAAUAGAACAUUAUCAACAUGUCUGGUGUUAUCAAUAAGGUCAAGGAAGCCGUCUCCGGCAACCACCACUCUUCUACUACCCAAGGUGCCCCCGAAGGCGCUCACGGACCUCACACCAGCCGUGUUGGUAACGCCACUGACCCGAGAGUCGACAGCGACCGCGAUCACCGCGCUGCCCCUGGAUCGACUGUCGGCGGCUCUCAGCCCUACACCACUGGUGAUAACUACACCACUGGCACUACUGGCACCACAGGAACUACUGGUUCUAGCGGCUACACAGGCACAGGCGCAGGCACCACGGGACAGAACACCGCUGGGCCUCAUCGAUCAGACGUCGCUAACAAGGUCGACCCCAGAAUCGACUCUGACCAGUCUGGUCGUUAUGCAGGCAACGCCGCAGGCGACUACGGUGGCAGUGGCCGCGAAGGAGUUGCUGGCCCACACAACUCUCGCCUAGCCAACACUACCGAUCCUCGUGUCGACAGCGACCGAGAUGGCAGCCGUACUGUUGGAAAUACUUAUGGUAGCUCUGGUACUGCUGGUACCACUGGCGCCGGCUACGGUACUACAGGCACCACAGGCACCACAGGCAACACCUAUGGUAGUUCGGGAGGUGCUGGCUACGGUACAACUGGUGCUACUGGCACCACUGGUACCCACGGGACUCACGGGACUCAUGGCACUCAUGGCACUACCGGUACUCACGGUACUACCGGUACUACCGGCACUCAUGGUACUCACGGCACCCACGGUACUACUGGUACUCACGGCACUACUGGAACUACCGGCACUGGCACACAUGGUCAUGGUACAACCGGAACAACCACUGGUACGCACGGCCAAGGGGUGACCGGAACGCAUGCCGCUCACUCCGGUCCAGGUCCCGCUCCUGGCACCGCCGGUCCUCACAAGAGCGACAUUGUCAACAAGUUAGACCCACGAGUCGAUUCGGAUCUCGACAAUUCUAAAACGUUCGGCGGUAACAAGACUUACCAGUCUGGGAACUCUGUUGCCAAAGAUCCUACCGACGCUGCUCAGGUACCUCCUUCUACUAUGCGGCAACAUGUUGGCGAACCUGUGGUCGAACAUGGCGAUCAUAAACAUGGACGCAACCACAGAAAUAAUGCAGCAAGCGCUCAGGAAGGCCAUAGGGGGUUGUGAGAAAGUACAGCUAUCAGGUGAAGGAAUGAAUUGAACGGAAUGAAACGAUGGCUAUGAUUGUACGCUACAACCCUAAAUAGUUUAUCAAAAAAAAAAGUGAAAAAAUUCUUUUUUCAUUGUACAUCGUGAUAAUGUCGGGAUAAUAUAUCAUUUCGUAAAUACGCCUAACAUGUGAGGAACGACACCAUA